AUGGACUUGACACAGGAGGUCUUCGCAAACCGCGUGAAAACGAUCUUCGAGAGCGGCGGUUUCAACGCCGACACUGAGACCUGGGACACCCGAGUCCGCCAACAUGUGCAUUUCCACUCGGCCUCCUUGGGACCUCCGGCGAGGGCGUCUUUCCGCGCAAUCGUAGCCCCGUCAAUGUGCAACCAGCUGGGGAACCUUCACGGCGGUUGCGCAGCAACGCUCAUUGACGUUCUUUCAUCUAUGCUCCCGCUCGCUCUGCAACGACCGGGGAUAUUUUCAUACGGCGGAGUCAGCCGAGCUUUGGACGUCAAGUACUUGCGUGGUGUGCCGGAGGGUGUAGAGAUGGAGAUUUUCUGUGAAGUUGGUAGUUUGGGAAGGAGACUGGCAAUGUUUACGGCGGAGAUUCGCCGUGUGGAUAAUGGGGAACUUUGUGUCAUUGGAUUGCAUGAUAAGGCGAAUACGGACCCCAAGUUAUGA